GGCGUCCAGGGCGGCGUGUGGGGCCCACGGAAUAAGGCGACGGGGCGAGGAGAGAAGGAAAGGGGAAGGGGAACUGGGAAGCGUGUGUCGGCGCGGCGGAGCAAUGGCGGACAAGCCGAGCCGGGCGCUGGUGCUGUACGCCGCCGGCCACGCGGCGCUGCUCGCCGGGGGCGGAGGGGGGAAGGGCCACCUCGACGCGUUCGCCUCCAUCGCCUCCUGCGGCUUCCUCUCCGUCCGCACCCCCGCCGUCAACGAGGACGGAGGGGACAGGAACAGCGGCACGAUUCUCGAGCUGGCGCAGCUGCUCGACGUGUACGAUGGCCUCUACCCUGCCAAGGAUGGGGAAACUGCCCGGGUGGAUCCGCAGGAGCUAGUAGUCCCCAAGCUAUCCGAGAGGUUUAUGGGGCUGAGAGCUGCUAUGGUCACCAAUUGCCCGGGUGUUAGCUCAUUCGCGGCGAAUCUUGGCUUCCACGUUUUUGGAACUGAAGAUUUCGCCGCUCAGUCAGGUUCAGGCAGCAGUUCUAAGGACACUAGAAUAAUCGACCGGGCGUUCACUCUGCUGGGAUUUGCAGAGGGGAAUGUCCAGGAUGUGUCUGAAUUCGAUCUGGUCUUUGUGCAUGCCGCAAUGGAGAACACAGCCAGCAAGCUGGGGAAAUUAGGGAUGAAGACGGAUCUCAACCGGCUUGACAAAUUGGUGGCUUCCGUCAUGGAAGCUGUGCCGGUUGGUUCAGCUGUCGCCGCCCGUAUUCAUGUGUCUGUGAUCUUGAGCUAUGGAUCUGCUACUGAAAAUAAGGAAGAGGCAUGCCUCAUCGUAAACUCUUCAACCGAAACUGAUUCCGACUUGAAGUUACUCCGUCCACGCCAGAGCUACACUAUGAAAGCAGGAAAGACGUUGGAUGAUGUCAGGAAUCAUCAUCCAAUGCUACUGGCACAGUGGCAACAAGGAGUAACACGUUCUGAUUUGGCCAAAGAGUUCUCUUUUGAGGAAUUUAUAAAGCGUGCCGGAAACUUUGCUAUGCUUGCUGAGCGCUUUCUACAUGAGGUUGCAUUUAAGCUCUGGAAAGCGCCAAAAUAUGGAGCAUAGUUCUGUCUGAGGAGGUUUUCUCUUAAUAAGGCGUGGAAUCACCUAAUAAAAGAGGUGUUAGACAAGUACUUCUUUCAAAUGGGUACUGCGGCAGAUAUUGCAAAUAGAUGAGUUCUGUACUCUCCUAUGGUCCUCAUUUGGUAUCACCCAUGCUCCAUGCCGACGAUGCCGUGGUACUGGGAACUCAUAGGCUCAUUACCAGUAGUAGUUACUUCGUUUCUGUUGUGAGCCUCUCUAACGCUUAACUUUCAUGAAACAAUGCCAUUCUUCGCAGCUUUGCUUGAAAUUUCUUAACGUGGCAGUUGUUUCUGCGUCUA